CGCCCUAUCAUUGGUGUCAGAGAGAGGAAUAGCACCCCAUCAGUGGUAUCAGUGGCAGGAAUAGCGCCCCAUCAUUGGUGUCAGUGGCAGGAAUUGCGCCCCAUCAUUGUCAGAGGGAGGAAUUGCGCCCCAUCAUUGGUGACAGUGGGAGGAAUUGCGCCCCAUCAUUGGUAUCAGUGGGGAGAAUUGCGCCCCAUCAUUGGUAUCAGUGGGGGAAUAGUGCCCCAUCGUUGGUGUUGGGGGAAUAGUGCCCCAUCGUUGUGUGUGGGGGAGGAGGAAUAGUGCCCCAUCGUUGGUGUCAGUGGGAGGAAUAG